GGCAGGUGUUGCACCACUGUGGAUCUGCUAGCGCCGCUGCGACCGCUAGUGCUGGUGCCAGCAAUGCAAUGGGGCUAGGAGAGCGAGGUGGCAGGGAAAUAGGGUACCUACGGCUAUGCACACUGCAAGAUGGGCGUCAGGCGGCUGCCCAUGCUACUGUGGCAGGGGUCCAGUGCUGCAGACGUCAGGUUUGACUUAGGUUUGAUGCAGUUUUAGCGUUUGGUGCGGCAUUGGCGGUUGACAAUCUAACUACCAAAUUAGGGUUUGCUCAAUUACAUCCGGAGCGAUGGACGUCUUGAUGGUGGGUGCUGGCGAGUACACGGCAGGGUACGUCCCAACAGCUGAGGGUGCCGCUAGUGACAAGCCGGCAGGCGUGAUUGCCAUCACCUUAUUUGACCUGAGAAGAUUUGGGAAAGUUCGCCGCCUGGUCCUGUGCGAUGCCUCAGGCAAGCGCUUGCCUGCCAUCAGAGAAAACAUCCGCAGGAAAAUUGGUGAAGUGUAUAAGGAUUUGGAUACGACACUAGAAACUCAUCCGCCAGACGGAGCUCCGUUUGACCGGCAUGCUUACAAAGGCGCCAUCGCAAAGAUGAAGCGGGGAGACAUGGCCACCAUCUUCACGCCAGACGACACCCACUUUGAGAUCGCCCUUGAGUGCAUUCGACAUGGCCUGCACGUGCUGCUGGCCAAGCCCGCGGUGCAGACCCUGGCGCACCACCUCCAGCUCACCCAGGCCGCCAGGGAGGCGGGCGUGCUGGUCGCUGUGGAGUAUCAUAAGCGUUUCGACCCCAUUUAUGCAGAUGCGCGCGCGCGCAUCCCUGCGCUGGGCCCCUUUUCGUUCUUCUCCAGCACCAUGACGCAGCCCAAGAAGCAGCUCGACACCUUCGCAGGCUGGGCCGGCAAGAGCUCCGACAUCAGCUACUACCUCAAUUCGCACCACAUCGACCUGCACUCGUGGGCUGUGGGCGAAGCCUCGCGCCCUGUGCGCGUCACUGCGUCCGCGAGCGACGGAGUGGCCUCCGCGCGCCUGGGCCGCUCCGUGGAGGACACCAUCACGCUGCUCGUGCAGUGGGAGAACACCGACGGCACACACGGCACCGCAGUCUACAUGGCCUCCUGGAUUGCGCCCCCGGCCGACUGCCACACGCAGCAGGGCUUCCACUACAUGGGCCACAAGGGCGAGCUGCGCGUGGACCAGGCCCACCGCGGCUACACCACAGCAACGGACGCCGCUGGUUUCGCCACCCUCAACCCUCUCUACAUGAAGUACACGCCAUCUCCGUCGGGCCACUUUGCGGGGCAGCUCGGGUACGGCUACCGCAGCAUCGCCGAGUUCUUGGAGCGCGCUGCCGCCAUCAACGCAGGCACCCGCAGCGUGGCCGACUGUGCCGCGGAGGGCGUGCUGGCCACUCUUGACGGCACCGCGCGCGUCACCGCCGUCCUCGAGGCUGGCCGAAGGUCUCUGGACCAAGGAGGCCAACCAGUUACAAUCGUGUACGACCAAAGAGGAUGGCCAAUUCGCCUGGAGUGACAAUAGGCUAGGUCACCCCCGGGGGGAGGAAGGGACGCCACAAGAGAGUGGGCAGGCAUUCAAGGUUGCGUUGGCACGGCCCUUCCCUCUCACCUCGACUUGUUUUGAGAGGAGGAUCGACCCACAUAAAAACAAGGUGGCAGGUCAGAAGUGUUCUAUGCGAAUUGGAGAAAAAAUUACGCAUCGGAAUUUCAGGCUCUCGCAUCGCCGAUAGUUUAGGGCUUUGGUAUUCAGAACAAUCUUUGUAACAAAUCACAUCACCGUCCUUACAAGCACAGGGGACACCAGGGUACAAUUCGUUCUAGAGAAGAUGAUGCGGUUAAUGCUGGAGAAUCUGCCGGCGCAGGGAGCCGUGCAGUUUUGAUCGAUCUCAAGCGUAGCUUAGAUAUGCUAUAAGAGAAGGGUCUCUAUCAGGACUCUAGUGAGUGUCUAUAAUGGCGAACUUUAAGUAUGUGGGACGAGACUUCCUCCUAAAGGUUUUCAAUUACGAAUCAAUUUUGCAUGGGAUACUUGCGGGGCAGCUAGAAGCUAGUUAUACGCAAUCCUUCUC